AUGUUAAAAAUUAUUAUCCCAACGGCUUUAUUAGUACCAUCCGCCCUUUUACUCAGUCCAAAUAUCCUCUUCUCAACCAUAGUUGGAUACUCAAUACUUCUAUCCCUUCUUAGCCUUUUAUUGUUCAACCACCCAAUACUUCUUAAAAUCUCCAAUGCAACUACUUAUUUUACUACUGACACUACCUCAACUCCUCUUAUUGUUCUUUCUUGCUGACUCCUCCCACUUAUAAUUCUGGCAAGCCAAAAUCACCUAAAAACCGAACCCCAAUAUCGAAAACGCAUGUUUUUAAUAACUUUGUCAACCCUACAAACAAUUCUCAUUUUAACCUUCUCUGCCUCAGAGUUUAUUCUAUUUUACAUUCUAUUUGAAGCCACCCUGAUUCCCACUUUAAUUAUUAUUACACGUUGAGGAAACCAAGCCGAACGUUUAAAUGCUGGCCUCUACUUUUUAUUCUACACACUAACAAGCUCCUUACCCCUCCUAAUUACUAUACUUUAUCUAAACAACAAAUAUGCCCACACCUCAAUAGAACUUUUUUACCUUAAUCAACCAGAACUACCUUCCACAAGCCCUAACCCCAUAUUCUGACUAGCUUCUCUUUUAGCCUUUAUAGUCAAACUACCACUAUAUGGUCUUCACCUUUGACUUCCAAAAGCUCAUGUAGAAGCCCCAAUUGCCGGUUCAAUAGGAACUGCUGCAGUCUUACUAAAACUAGGAGGCUACGGCCUAAUUCGCGUCUCACCCCUACUUUAUCCGCACCCUCAAACCCUUGUUCUUCCAAUCAUAGUCAUAGCCCUAUGAGGCAUCCUGAUAACUAGCUCAAUUUGUCUUCGACAAACGGACCUAAAAGCCUUAAUCGCCUACUCAUCCGUAAGCCACAUAGGCCUUGUCGCAGCUGCAAUCCUGACACAAACCCCCUGAGGACUUACAGGCGCCAUAAUCCUAAUAAUCGCACACGGACUUACUUCCUCAGCCCUAUUCACUUUAGCAAACACUAACUAUGAGCGCGCACACACACGAACACUACUUAUUGUCCGCGGCCUACAACUCAUCUUUCCACUAAUAUCCUCCUGAUGACUCCUUGUUAACUUAACCAACAUAGCACUUCCCCCAUCCAUCAAUCUGAUUGGAGAACUUUACAUUAUUAUUACACUAUUUAACUGGUCCCCUCCCUCCAUUUUACUCACCGGGGUCGGAACCUUAAUCACUGCCUCAUACUCCUUAUAUAUGUUCCUAAUAACCCAACGAGGUUCAACUUCUACACAAUUUCAACUAUUAUCCCCAACCCACACUCGAGAACACUUGACCCUCAUUCUUCAUUUACUUCCCCUAGGGCUUCUUAUCUUAAAGCCUGCUCUCAUUUCAGGACUUUUCAUCU